AUCGCUGAGUAGUAGUUUUGACAGCUGACAAUCGAUUGCUGAAUUGUUCUACACAGAUGUGGAGUGUGUAUUGUCCAAGUGAAUGGUGGUAUGUGUAAACAGUAAAGUGGUUGCUGCGUUUGGAAGGAAAUGGAAAGUAUAUUUUCCAAAGACGAUUCGGCAAAUGAGAGUGAGCUAGAAAUAAGUGAAGUAUGCACUCCAACAGCGGACGUUAAACAAUCACCGUCACAGAUUCUUGAAAGUACGAUUGAAGCACAGGACGAUAUUCUGGAUAUCAAGCGAGAAAGUGACAGCGAAAAUGUACAUUCAGAUUCCGAUGACAACGACGCAGAGGACGCUAAUAUAAACAGAGCGGCUAGUGCACUUGAAGACAUUCUUAGUAAUACAGGCGAGUUUAAGAAACAUUCUAGUGAAAGACCUGUACAAAAGGAAGAUCAUCAUAGCUCUGGGGGUUUCACAUCGGGUAUUUUGAAUUCAAAAAUAGACGCAGCAGAAAAAAACGAUAAGAAGAAGGAAGCAAAGAGCAAGAAGGAGUUAGAAGAGGAGGAACGAGAGAAAAUGCAAGUAUUGGUAUCCAAUUUCACUGAAGAUCAACUGGAUAGAUAUGAAAUGUACAGGAGGUCAGCUUUUCCAAAGGCAUCUAUUAAGAGGUUGAUGCAGACAAUUACUGGAUGUUCUGUCUCGCAGAAUGUUGUCAUUGCUAUGUCAGGAAUUGCUAAAGUUUUUGUUGGUGAAGUUGUGGAAGAAGCACUUGAUGUGAUGGAUAAACAGGGUGAGACAGGACCAUUACAGCCGAAACACUUACGAGAAGCUAUUAGAAGACUACGUCUGCGAGGUGGAAUUCCCAAUAGCCGAGCUCGAAAAGUUAUAUUCCGUGUUUAGUGUUUCUACAGCUGACUUUUUAAAAAGUGUGGACUCUAAGAAACUGUGUAUCCAAAUAAGUUUCUAGUUGAUGACUUUAUUUUCAAAUUAUUGUUACUUGGGUAAGAUGUAUGUAUGAAAUAAAAAAUGAAAUUAAGUAUGUAUUGGAAGUAAAGAACGUAAUUUUAAAGUCCA